UUGCUGUCUUUACUAUUUCAGAGCUGCAAGAAACUAAGACCUCUGAAUAUCACAGGAUAUCCCACAGUCCCCUGGAUUACAGGAUAUUAUUCAUGGAUGAAGAUCAGGAUCGGAUCUACGUGGGCAGUAAAGAUCAUAUUCUGUCUUUGAAUAUUAACAAUAUAAGCCAGGACCCUCUCAGUAUUUUCUGGCCAGCAUCAUCAAAUAAGGUUGAAGAGUGCAAAAUGGCUGGCAAAGAUCCUACGCAUGGCUGUGGCAAUUUUGUGCGCGUGAUCCAGUCGUACAACCGCACACACCUCUAUGUCUGCGGCAGCGGCGCCUUCAGCCCCGUCUGCGUGUACGUCAACAGGGGACGCAGGUCCGAGGAACAAGUCUUCAAGAUCGACUCCAAGUGUGAAUCCGGAAAGGGACGAUGUUCUUUCAACCCUAAUGUGAACACGGUGUCUGUUAUGAUCAAUGAAGAGCUGUUUUCAGGAAUGUAUAUUGAUUUCAUGGGCACAGAUGCAGCUAUUUUUCGGAGUCUGACCAGGAGGAAUGCAGUGAGAACUGACCAGCACAACUCCAAGUGGCUCAGUGAGCCCAUUUUUGUGGAUGCUCAUGUUAUCCCAGAUGGCACUGACCCAAAUGAUGCCAAAAUCUACUUCUUCUUCAAAGAGAGACUCACAGACAACAGCGGCAGCACAAAGCAAAUUCAUUCAAUGAUUGCAAGGAUAUGUCCAAAUGACACAGGUGGUCAGCGCAGUCUCGUGAACAAGUGGACAACAUUCUUGAAAGCAAGACUGGUGUGCUCUGUAAUGGAUGAAGAUGGAACAGAAACAUACUUUGAUGAACUAGAGGAUGUGUUUCUUUUAGAGACAGACAACCCCAGAACCACUCUUGUGUAUGGAAUUUUUACAACAUCAAGCUCCAUAUUUAAAGGCUCAGCUGUCUGUGUGUAUCAUCUGUCUGACAUCCAGACUGUGUUCAAUGGGCCGUUUGCACACAAGGAGGGCCCAAACCACCAGCUGAUUCCAUAUCAGGGCAGAAUUCCAUACCCACGUCCUGGCACUUGUCCGGGAGGAGCCUUCACACCUAAUAUGAGGACAACCAAAGAGUUUCCAGAUGAUGUUGUGACCUUCAUUAGGAAUCACCCUUUGAUGUUUAAUCCCAUUUACCCAAUACACAAGAGGCCAUUAAUCAUCCGGAUAGGAGCUGACUACAAGUAUACAAAGAUUGCUGUGGACAGAGUGAAUGCUGCUGAUGGAAAAUACCAUGUCUUGUUCCUUGGGACAGGUAAGACAACCUUAGCGUUCGUUUUCCUCCGCUACAAUAUCAUUUGCAAUCAACACUGAUUUGUACAACUUAGA